CUUGGGUUUACCAUUUAUGAUAGGUAAUCUAAUCUCACUUGUAUUUGUCCGUCUUGUCGUACUCUCGUACAGCGCUUAGACCGAGAUAAUAUCGAGUCAUGCUAUACUCAAGUUAUAUCUCCGUAUCAAAUUACUCUUGCCUUUGAAUUAUUUAUAGGUGCUCGAGUCCGUUUCUCAAGAUGGCGUUCAUGGUCCUGUCCAGUUGUUCCAAAGCAAUCGUAAGAUCCCUUCAACAUGAAGAUUGGAACCAUCACCGCCAUUUGUUUGGCGUUGGGCCACGCCACGGCGCAAGACGCAUACGGCCAUCCGCCGCCUACCAAGCCUCAGAAUAAGGUGAAGACCUUCCCACCUCAGGGAGAUUUCACCGUCAAUCCGGACACGCACCUUGUCCUCGAAUUUGACAGCCCUCCGGAGAUCGGUAACUCUGGACUCAUUCGGAUUUACGAUGUCUUCGCCAACAAGGUGGUCGAUACGCUGAACAUGAGCAUCCCGGCGUCACCGAAUCCAAGUGGCAGGGCUCCGACAGCCGAUGGAUCAACCACAUCUCCACCCCCUGCAGAUCCCAAUGAUAAAAAUCCAUACCAGGUCAACAUUAUUGGCGGUCUGGAUUUCUAUUUCUUCCCAAUCAUUGUCCGUGGCAAUGUUGCGACUAUCUACCCGCAUAACAAUGUGCUUAAAUACGGGAGGGUGUACAAGGUGACCGUCGACCCCGAGGUGUUGAAGGCCUCAAAAGGAACGUUUGACGGUUUCUCGGAUCGAUCACCAUGGAUCUUCUCGACCAAGUUGUUCCCCCCAUCCCUCGAAUCAAAGCGCUUGACCGUGUCGAAUGAUGGACGUGGGGACUUCAACACCGUACAGGGGGCGGUGGACUUCGUUCCGGAAAAUUACGCUCAGCGCGUAAAUAUCUAUGUCAAGGACGGGAACUAUGAAGAGCUCAUCUUCAUCCAGAAUAAGCGGAACCUCGUCAUCCGUGGCCAAAGCCGUGAGAAGACCAUCGUUGGAUAUCCCAAUAACAGCGCCUUCAAUCCGUCUCGCGGAGGCCCAUCUAGACGUCCUGCUUUUACCCUGUACAACACCACGGACAUCCAACUCAGCAGCCUCACCAUUAACAACUACUUCAUCGGCCAAGCCGAGGCCCUCCUCGUCCGCGGUGAGCGGAUAAUCAUCGACCACGUGUCCCUCAACGGCUCCGGCGACGCCUUCACCACCUACGGCACCAUCUACUUCGUCGACAGUAGCAUCAUCGGCCACGGCGACACAGUCCUCGGCUACGCCGCCGUCUACUACCUCCGCAGCCGCAUCGACUCCAUCGGCCCCUUCACCUGGACCCGUACCCCCGAGGGCAGCCACGGCAACGUCUUCGUCAACUCCACCCUCGCCGCCAUCGACGAGCCGCUGCCGUGGACCGUCACCCCCGAGAACCCCGCCGGCCAGAAGGUCAAAUCGGUCUACGGCCGCCUUCCGAACAACGGAAAGGGGAACACGACGGCGAACUUCCCCUUUGCGGAGAUGGUGCUGAUCAACACGAAGACGAGCGGGGUGUCGGCGGAGGGGUGGGACCCGAUUCAGGGGCCGCCGUUUGAUACGAGCAAUGUGAAAUUCUGGGAGUAUGCUACGACGGAUCUGGAGGGCGUGCUGGUGGAUACGUCGAAACGGCACAAUGUGUCGCGGCAGUUGAAGUUGCCGAAGGAUGCGCAGAUCAUUCAGGAUUAUAGCAAUCCGGCGUUUGUUCUGAAUGGGUGGACUCCGGUGGUGGUGACGGAGUGAGAUUGGUAGUCCUGGUCAGCCGAGAUCGGCCAAUGUAGCACAAUUCCAUAAUAGGACCUUGGGUUCAUGGGAUUUUACCUGAAAUAUAGACAAUAAUGCGUCCCAUCUUGUUUUACGCAAUGAUAUGAAUAGUCUUGUCCCACGGAAGAUUCUCA